CGGGUGACGCAGCGCUGCGCCGGGGGCGCCCAGCAGCGCCCCGCAGCCGCGGGGUGGGCCACGCACCCGGGACUCGCACCCGGGCCACCGGCCGCCGCUGGCUGCUAGUCCGGGCUGCUGGGCCGGCGGGUGGCGAGGGCGCUGCGUGCAGCCUGGCCGGGGCGGGCUCGGCUGCCUGCGGGCGGCACCUGCCCGGCCCGGGGUCCCCUCCCCGCCGCGGGGUCCCCUGCCCGGCCCGGCCGCGCAGCUGCGGGCACAGCCCGCUCCGUGCUCCGCAAAACUGGGGGCACAGCCCGCGCCCUGCGGGCUCCGCGCUCUUCUCGGCGCCGGCUGUACCCGCUCUAGAUGCCUGCAGUACGGAGGAACCCAGCUGCUUCCCAUGGGAUGCAUCUGCAUAGAGGAAGAAUUCCUUCUUUAAGAUGGGUAAUAAGCAAACGAUAUUUACUGAUGAACAGCUAGACGCCUACCAGGAUUGCACCUUCUUCACCCGGAAAGAAAUUCUUCGGUUGCAUGGCCGAUACCAUGAAAUGGCACCAAACGUUGUGCCCAUGGACUAUACAAAGGACCCAGAUGUUAAACUACCUAUGCAGCUUAUAAUAAACAUGCCUGAGCUAAAGGAGAAUCCCUUCAAGGAAAGGAUUGUGGAGUCUUUCUCAGAAGAUGGAGAGGGGAGCCUCAGCUUCAACGAUUUUGUGGAUAUGUUCUCUGUGCUCAGUGAAAUGGCUCCCAGAGAGCUGAAAGCAAUCUAUGCCUUUAAGAUCUACGAUUUUAACACAGAUAACUUCAUUUGUAAAUCAGACUUGGAAAAAACCCUCAAUAAGCUGACCCGAGAAGAGCUAACAGCAGAAGAAAUCACUCUGGUGUGUGAGAAGGUGAUAGAAGAAGCUGACAUGGAUGGUGAUGGGAAACUAGGAUUUGCAGAUUUUGAAAACAUGAUUUCCAAAGCACCGGACUUUCUCAGUACUUUCCACAUAAGAAUCUGAAGAUGUUUCUAUGAGCCAGUGUUACCAGAAAUGACUUGCCAGUCCAGCCUUUCUGAAUCUCAGGCACUCUGGAGGCUUUUGCCCUCUACUUAUGGCUUCUCAGAAUUCGGCGGGAAUGCGGGAAUUGUUCUGCUCCACAAAGAGACAGAAGCAUCGUGUAAUCUACAGGAGAUUUGGAAUAGUCGCACUUGUAUCUUCACUGCUGGCCAAGCACUCUGGCAAAGAUGGUUGGGUGGUGGGUGGUGGGUUUUCUUUUCUUUCUCUUUUUUUAAACAGGUAGCAUCAGAGUAUUAUUAAAGGUAUUUCUACAUAGUUUUUAUAUUUAUGAAUAUUUAAUACUGCUCUUAAAAGCGCAAAAAAAAAGAAAGAUUGACAAAAAGAUUAGCUCUGGUGACUUCUGCAAGAGUACUUGAAAGAGAGCACGGGCCUUAAAUAAUGAGAUGCCUCUAUCACUGUGUUGUACGGCUGGGGAUCUUGCAUGGAGAUCGCCUUAGGUGAAAGAACCGCAGUCGAGAUCAAGCUCCCAAUGUUGAAGACAACCACAUCCCAGGUUUGCUUUUCAGUCACUGAAAUGGCAGUUGCUGGGUUUGGUGCUUACCUUCAACCAGUAUUUCAUGGAUUGUCAUGUCCUUAUGAAACUUGAAAUACUUGCCUUUUGUAUAUGGUAACUGCAUACAUGAUUCAUUUCUUCCCAAGACAAACGUUAAAAUUGUGUCUUUAUUCUCAAAGAGGGUCCUGCAUUUUACUUAUUCUAUGGGCUGAUAAUGUUGAAUGGAAGAAUAUGAUCAUCUGUAACUCAUGAAGAAGUUAAAGAAGCACAGAACUACUAAGGACAUGAAAAGACAUUUUCUUUCUAAACCAGCUAUGCAAUCUUUCCCAUAAAACGCAUGAAUGCAGCUCUAUAUUCCUCUUCCUUGUCCAGCUGGAAAUCAGCUAGUUUGGUUGUUUUUUUUUUAAUUCCAGUAUUGUUUAGGUACUGGGGCCUGAAGACAAUCAUUUGUGUAUUACUGUUCUAACAGUCAAUAGAAGGGCUCUGUCACUUACAUGGCUUCUGUAUCAAAGUCAUUACAAUUAAAACUUUUGACGCAU